UGCAUUCCUGGUAUCGUCCCAUUGUGUCAACCAAUUGACCAUAUCAGAGCAAUGAAUUGUGUUACUGUAUCAAAUAUGGUUAGAAGGCAUGUGACUAUACUACAUGUCAAAGAGCCUAUACAAGCUACGUAUGCUUAUGUAAAAGUAGAAGUACAAAACAGUCAGAAAUGGCAGCCAACAACCAGCAACAAGCUGACAAGAGAAUAAUAGGAUUCGAUUGUGAGUUUGUGAAGCCACCACCUUCGGAAUUCGUCCAGUCAGAGUGUCCAGUUUGUCUCCAGAUCAUUCGAGAGCCCCAUCAGGUCACAUGCUGUGGAAAUAAGUUUUGCAAAGCUUGUAUUGAGCACAUCAAAGCAAUUCAAAAGUCGUGCCCAACCUGCAACGAGAAAUUUUCAAGCUUUCCCGACAAAGGUUUGAAACGAUCGCUCUACAGUUUGAAAGUUCGAUGUAGCCAGCAGAAAGACGGGUGUGAGUGGAUGAAGGAACUGAGACAGCUUGAUGAACAUCUCAACACAGAUCCACAGCCAGAGAAACAACUUGAUGGAUGUCAGUUUGUUGAGAUCAAUUGCAUCUAUAAUUGCAGGAACCAACUGCAGCGAAGGUACAUUCAAAACCACCAAAUUAAGGAUUGUCCCAAACGUCCAUUCGGUUGUGAGCACUGCCAUGAUUACAAGUCUACCUAUGAUGAUGUCACCAACAACCACUGGCCUGUGUGUGGGUCCUUCCCUGUCCCCUGCCCUAACCAGUGUGGUUCAACUAUCCAACAUCAGAAUAUAGACAGCCAUAUUGCCAAUGAGUGCCUCCUGACCACCAUCAACUGUGACUUCCACCACGUAGGCUGUGCUGUGAAACCCACUCGACAAGACAUGCCAGAACACCAGAGAGAGAACCUACUCACACACAUCUCUCUAUUAGCCACCAGUCAUGCCAAGCAACAAGAUAAAAUCACAAACUUGGUAGAUGAAAAUGAUAAACAAAAAGAAUCUUACAAGUCGAAUUUAACUGCACUACAAACCAAAGUUACCACGCUAGAGCAACAGAACACUGCUAGUAAUGCCGAGAUUAAAUCUUCUAAAACGAACUUAACUGCACUACAAACCAAAGUUACCACGUUAGAGCAAGAAAAACAAUUGUUGACUACUAAUGCAGGCAAGCAACAAGCUGACAUUGCUAGUUUAGUUGAAGAGAAAAAACAGAUGAAGAUAAAAAUUGCCGAGUUGGCGCAAUUACUCACGCCCUAUGUUCAGCUUGCACCAUGUACCGCCAUACCUCUUGGUCCCCCUGUUCUUACAAUGACCAAUUACCAACAGCAUAAGAGAGAUGACGACCAAUGGUACUCCCCUCCAGUCUACACCCACCAUCAGGGCUACAAUAUCUGUCUCUGUGUGAACGCUAACGGCUAUAGCACUGGUAAAGGAACACACGUCUCUGUGUUUGUGUGCUUCAGGAGAGGAGAGUUUGACAAUUCAUUGAAAUGGCCGUUUCGUGGUGUGAUUUCAUAUCAACUACUAAACCAGGUCGAUGGCAAGGAUCAUAAAACACACACAAUCACCUAUGAUGACAAAGUACCUAACACGUACUGUACCAGAGUGACAGAGGGAGAGAGGGGACUGGGGUGGGGACACCCACAGUUCUUUGCUCACACUAAACUGGAGCCCAAGUAUUUACAAAACGACACCCUUCUCUUCCAAAUACACAAAGUAGAACUGAAGUAGUUGCUUAAUUAGAAGAGUGAUAAUUACGUAUACACACAAACAAACCGUAGACAUAAGUAUUAUCUGUGUACUGAUUGCAAUUGUAUUUGUUUGGACUACA